GGUCUUCACUCUCCUCCUCUGAGUCUGCACAGAGAUCAAAGAUGGCCCUGACAUACCGCUCCUCCUCGCGCUCCGUGCGCUCCUCCUCCGGGAACCUCGGCUCCGGGAUGAUGCGCUCCGGCUCCGUGUACGGCGGUGCUGGUGGCUCCGGGAUCCGAAUCUCCUCCGUGGGCGGCAGCUCCGCUGCAGCGCUCAGCUUCGCUGCAGGAGGCGCUGAAGACAGUUUGAUCGGAAACGAGAAGUUCAUGAUGCAGAACCUGAACGACCGUCUGGCCACGUACCUCGCCAAAGUGGCGUCUCUGGAGAAGGCCAACGCAGACCUGGAGCUCAAGAUCAGACAGUUUUUGGAGAGCCGCGUGGGACCGAGUGCACGAGACUAUACCGGAUUCUACGCCACCAUCAGUGACAUCACGGGCAAGAUCCAGGACGCCAUCCGUGUGAACGGCGCCGUGCACCUGUCCAUCGACAACGCUCGCCUCGCCGCAGACGACUUCAAGAUGAAGUACGAGAACGAGCUGUCCAUGCGUCAGUCUGUGGAGGCGGACAUCGCGGGGCUCAAGAGAGUUCUGGAUGAGCUGACUCUGGCGCGCUCAGAUCUGGAGAUGCAGAUCGAAGGUCUCAAGGAGGAACUCAUCUUCCUCAAGAAGAACCACGAGGAGGAGCUUCUGGCCCUCAGGUCUCAGAUGAGUGGUCAGGUCCAUGUGGAGGUGGACGCUGCUCCUCAAGAGGACCUCUCCAAAAUCAUGGCUGAUAUUCGCGAGCACUAUGAGGCCGUGACCGCCAAGAACCAGAGGGAGCUGGAAGGAUGGUUCCAGGCCAAGACCGAGGCCCUGAACAAAGAGGUGGUCACUCAGACGGUGUCGCUCCAAACGUCUCGGUCUGAAAUCACCGAAACCAAACGCACCCUGCAGAGCCUGGAGAUCGAACUGCAGUCCAUGCUCAGUAUGAAAUCGUCUCUGGAGAUGACGUUGGCCGAGACCCAGAACCGCUACGCCAUGAAGCUCAAUGGGUACCAGAGCCAGGUGACGUCGAUGGAGGAGCAGUUGGUGGCACUCAGAGCAGACUUGGAGCGUCAGGGGUACGAGUACAGCAUGCUCCUCGACAUCAAGACCAGACUGGAGCUGGAGAUUGCAGAGUACAGGAGACUGCUGGAGGGAGAGAGCCUGACCUCCUCCUCCUCCACCACCACAAAGACUCGCGUCAUAACCGUCGUCGAGGAAGUGGUUGAUGGAAAAGUGACAACCAGCUCCACCUCCUCCAGCUCUUCCAUCCUGACCUCCUAAAGCCUGCCCCGGCACCACAGCGGCCAAUCAUAGAAUGGCCUCGCGGGCAGCGGCCAAUCACACAGCUUCCUCAUGCAAUGAUCAAAGCGUG